CAGGCAGAGUCCGGAGGCCGGUGCUUCCCGCGCGUCCCCAGGACUUUGCCAUGGGCUGGGGGCCGCGCGGGCUGCGAGCGGCCGGCCAAGGGCAGCGGCGACGCCGCCCGCACUGGGACUGAGCGAGCGGAGACGCGCGGCGCCGAGAUGGCAGCGUCCAGCAACUCCAGUCUGUCCGGCUCCUCCGUGUCCUCCGAUGCUGAGGAAUACCAGCCUCCGAUAUGGAAAUCAUACUUGUAUCAGCUGCAGCAAGAGGCGCCUCGUCCCAAGAGGAUCAUUUGUCCCCGGGAGGUGGAAAACAGACCAAAAUAUUAUGGAAGAGAGUUUCAUGGGAUCAUCUCCCGGGAGCAGGCGGAUGAACUUCUUGGAGGUGUAGAGGGUGCCUACAUCCUUCGAGAAAGCCAGCGGCAGCCAGGAUGUUACACAUUAGCACUAAGGUUUGGGAACCAGACCUUAAACUACCGGCUCUUCCACGAUGGGAAGCACUUUGUGGGUGAGAAGAGGUUCGAAUCCAUUCAUGACCUGGUGACAGAUGGCUUGAUCACGCUCUACAUAGAGACCAAGGCUGCUGAGUACAUUGCAAAAAUGACCACAAAUCCCAUCUAUGAACACAUUGGAUAUGCCACUCUCCUCAGAGAAAAAGUCUCCAGAAGGCUGAGCAGGUCUAAAAACGAAUCAAGGAAAGCGAGUGUCACCAAUGAGGAACACACCCCAGUAGAGAAGCUGCCCAUCCAGCUGCAUUGUCCCUGGCCUGAGGGCAAUUACCAGGCUGAGGAAGGUUUGCUCAGCUCUGAGGAGCGGCAGAAGCCUGUAGAGCAGAUGGGGUCCAUCCAGAAUGUUUUCCUCUGA